UCCCACAACCACUCUCUAUUUUUCUCACUCACUCCCCCUAUCUCUUAUUCAAUUUCUCUGUGUGAGAGAGAUUGUCACUACCUCUCCAGCAUGGCCCAGCAGGGAGUUGUGCUGGACCAGGACCAGUUCUGCUGUUCUAUCUGUCUGGAUCUCUUAAAGGAUCCUGUCACCCUCCCCUGUGGCCACAGCUACGGUAGAAGCUGUAUCGAGGGCUACUGGGACCAGGAUGAGCAGAAGGGAGUCUACAGCUGCCCCCAGUGCAGACAGAACUUCACUCGGAGGCCUGCUCUGAAGACGAACAACAUGCUGGCUGAGGUGGUGGAGAAGCUGAAGGAGACAGGAGGAGCCCAAGCCUUCCCCUCUGAGCUGACCAGUCCAGCUGGGCCAGGAGAGGUGACCUGUGACGUCUGCACUGGGCCCAGGAAGCAGAGAGCCCUCAAGUCCUGUCUGGUGUGUAUGGUGUCCUACUGCCAGACUCACCUCCAGCCCCACUACCAGGUUCCUGGGCUGAAGAAACACAAGCUGGUGGAAGCCACGUCUGGACUGCAGGAGAUGAUCUGCUCCAGUCAUGACAAGAUGCUGGAGGUCUUCUGUCAGACAGACCAGCAGUGUAUCUGCAUGCUGUGUACCAUGGAGGAACAUAAAGGCCAUGACAUAGUAUCAUCCAAAGCUGAAAGGGAGGAGAAACAGGAUAAGCUGGUCCUGAGUCAGCAGGAAGUCCAGCAGAGAGUCCAGCAGAGAGAGAAGAAGCUGGAGGAGCUCCAACAGGCUGUGGAUUCUCUCAAGCGCUCUGGCCAGGCAGCAGAGAAGGACAGUGAGAGGAUCUUCUCUGAUAUGAUCCGCUCCAUUGAGAGAAGGCGCUCUGAGGUGAAGGAUCUGAUCAGAGCCCAGCAGGGGGCAGCAGUGAGUCAGGCUGAAGGACUUCUGGAGAAACUGGAGCAGGAGAUGGCUGAGCUGAGGAGGAGAGACGCUGAGCUGGAGAAGCUCUCACACAUAGAGGACAACAUCCACUUCCUCCAGAACUACCAGUCUCUCUCCGGUACCAGUGUAUCUUCAGAUGUCCCCAGCAUCUCUGUUCCUCCUCUUCAGUACUUCAAACAUGUGACUGAAGUGGUCUCUGAGCUGAGAGAGAAACUAGAGGAGCUGAUCCAGAGAGCGUGCUCCAACAUCUCCACCACAACCCCAACUCCAGCUCCAGACCCAGCUCCAGAUGGAAUCAACCGUGUGACAACGAAGAGGUCAAUCCUGGUGGUGUUCCUGGCGUUAGUGAUCUAUCUGGUACUGCAACACAAUCCAGAGCCCAAGACCAGAGCAGACCUCUUACAAUAUUCCUGUCAGCUGACACUGGACCCAAACACAGCACAUGCACGCCUCUUUUUGUCUGAGGAAAACAGGAAGGUGACACGUCUAAAGCAGAAGCAACCAUAUCCUGACCAUCCAGAGAGGUUCACCAGGCACAGUCAGGUGCUGUGUAGAGAGGCUCUGUCUGGACGCUGUUACUGGGAGGUGGAGUGGAGAGGUGACAAUGUUAACAUGGCAGUCUCAUAUAAAGACAUCAGCAGAACAGACAGUCACUCUGGCUUUGGUAAAAAUAACAAGUCCUGGAGGUUACGGUUCUCUAGAGGUGGUUACAUGUUCAGACAUAACAGUGUUGAGACUGCAGUAUCAGGCCCUCGGUCCUCCAGAGUAGGAGUGUACCUGGAUCACAAGGCAGGUACUCUGUCCUUCUACAGUGUCGUCUCUGACACAGUGACCCUCCUCCACAGAGUCCAGACCAACUUCACCCAGCCACUCUACCCUGGGCUUUGGCCUAGUAUUGAUCACAGUGCAGAGAUUAUAAAGAUGUGGUAGAGGUUUUUAUACAGCACAUUUACAUUUUAUUCAUUUAACAGUUUUAUCAAAAAUGAAAGCAAAUAAAGGAGUGACUCC